GGCCUGUGGUCUUGGGGUGUGGACCCCGAGUGUAUCAGUGAUCUCAAAUACACGGGAAGGAUAGCCGGUAUCGGCGUCGGCGUCAUACUGCCCAUCAUUAUAGUGAUUAUACUAGUGAUCGGGUGUUUCGUGUACUCCCGACGUAAUGGAAAGGAGCACUACACUGGAGAGCCCGGAAUACAACAGCCGUUUAUAGAGUAUUCAAACGCCAAAAAGGAAAAUGAAAGUAUGCCGGGAAAUGGCGGUGGAAAGGCUAUCAAAGAGAUCGAGACGUCGGCGCGGGAGGCCGAGUGUUAAAUAGACUUAAUUAGCAUACAAUCAAAUAAACUACAAACUAAUAAUCAUUUUUCUAAUCGAUACAUUAAACUUGAAUUCAUGUCAUCAAAAAACUUGCCAUUGAUUCCUAUAUAUAUUUGUUAUUGUAUUCAAACAUAUUAUUGUCAUUUACUUUGCUUUUACCUCGAUGAGACAUUUAUUUUUUCGAUACUAUUUUCAAAUUGAAAUGUUUUUAAUAAAAUGAAAUUUAAUAUAGUAAAAAAUGUAUUUAUGAUUAUUUCUACC